CACGCGAGAUAAUAACAGUUGUGAUUUUAAUCUGAAUAAGUAAAGACCUUUAAAUCAAAAGUUCCUAACAAGCAGCAUCAAAAAAAAAAAAAAAACUCUCAACAAUUGAUUUUAAAAUUUAAAUAAAAAUAAUAAAUAUUGAAAUAAAAAUUCCACAAUGACACAACAAUUGUGGGGCGGACGUUUUGGUAAAAAUGCCGGCAAAACUAAUGAAUGUCUAGCCACGCUCAACUGCAGUUUGCCAGUGGAUUCGAGACUCUUUGCCGAUGAUAUUGAUGGCAGUAAAGCCUAUGCCGAAGCUUUGAAAAAGGCGGGUUAUUUGACAGCCGAAGAAUGUGAAAAGAUUUUAACGGGUCUGGAGUUGGUGCGCUAUGAUUGGAUUGAGGGUCUUAUGAAAUUCUUACCCUCCGAUGAGGAUGUGCAUACGGUCAAUGAGAGACGUUUAACUGAGCUGGUGGGUGAGGUGGGUCAACGUUUGCAUACCGGCCGCAGUCGUAAUGAUCAAGUCAUAACCGAUAUGAAGCUAUGGUUGCGCAAAGCCAUACGUGAAACCUGUUCUAGUAUGCGCAAGCUAAUGGAGAGUAUGACCCAACAGGCCCAACAACAUUUGGGUGUUCUAAUGCCCGGCUAUACCCACAUGCAACGCGCCCAAACUGUACAAUUUUCCCAUUGGCUUCUGUCGCAUGCUUUUGCCUUGCGUGAGGAUUGUCUAAGAUUCUGUGAUGUACGCAGUCGUUCUAAUGUUUUACCCUUGGGCAGUGGUGCUUUAGCCGGUAAUCCCUUACAAAUCGAUCGUGUUUGGUUGGCUGAACGUUUAGGAUUUGCUGCUGUUACUGCCAACAGCAUGCAUGCUGUGGGCGAUCGUGAUUUUGUUGUCGACUUCAUUUACAGUUGCUCCAUGGUGGGUCUUCACUUAUCACGUCUAGCCGAGGACUUAAUUAUCUAUGCUACCAAAGAAUUUGAUUUCAUACAAAUUUCCGAUGAUUUUUCCACCGGCAGUAGUUUAAUGCCUCAGAAACGUAAUCCCGACAGUUUAGAACUGGUAAGAGGCUUAUCGGCCAAUCUCUGUGCCACGUUAACGGGAGCCAUGAUGACCAUAAAGGGAACACCUUCAACUUAUAAUAAGGAUUUGCAAUUUGAUAAACAAUAUUGUUUUGAGGCUUUUGAUAAAUUACAAUUGGCUUUAGCGGUAACGGAGGGUGUAGUAAAGAGUAUGAAGAUAAAAAUGCAAAAAAUGGAAAUGGCCUUGAGUUCAGAUAUGUUGGCUACCGAUUGGGCUUAUUAUCUAGUACGCAAGGGCGUGCCCUUCCGCAAGGCGCAUCAUUAUAUCGGCGCAGUGGUGGCCCAUGCUGAACGCAUGUCUUUGGAAAUAACCGAAAUACCUUUAGAAGAUUUACAACAAAUUUGUCCCCAUUUCGAUGUGGAUAUAGCCAAGGUUGCCGAUUAUUCUAGUAAUGUGGAACAGUAUGAUGUUAUUGGUGGUACUGCCACAAUUUCGGUAACCGAACAAUUGAAAUUAUUGGGUGAAUUUAUUAGUGGUUUAAAGAAAUUAGAAUGAUUGUUUGUUAAAGGCUAGACAUUCUUAAAUUUUUGCUAACCUUCCGAUUUUUUUUGUGUUUUUAUUUACACCAAAUACUUUUUAAAAUUAAUUAAUUAAUGUUUAUAAUACAAUUUAUUGUUAAAAUAUUAUUU